UGUAUUUUUAAUGUUCUCUUCAGGUAUGUUGGUGGACUGCAGAUAAAUGCUCUGUUCCCACUUGCUCAUGCAGAACUUAAGAGAAGGAAUAACCAAUGCAAGUUCUUUCUUGAUGAACUAUCACAAUAAUAGAAAUAUUAACAAAGCGCAUGCACGCUCCUUCUUGAACGCUCUUCAUCCCUUCCACCUGCCACUGCCUACAAGAGCCCCUUGAGUCACCUCCUCCAUGAAGCCUUCCAACAUCUACUCCCCAGCAGUGGGUUGGGCUGGCUGGGACCUGGGAGUCUCUGUAAAUUAACCACUCUUUCCUUUGUGCUCCUUUAUGCCUUUUUUAGAACUCCAUUAUAGGACUUCUUUUUUUCUAUUUUGAUUUGUGAUUGUGUGUUUACUUGUUUCUGUUAGACCGUGAGUGUUUUUAAGACAAGUUAUGCCCAAUAAUCUUAGUUUAUCAGUGAUUAGAACAAUGCCUGGAAUCGAUAAAUGCUUGUUGAAUAAAGGGCUAUUCAGCAUUUUUCUUCUGUGAUAAAGCCUUUCACAGCACACUCAAACAAUUCACCCCAAGUUUACCUUUGAUCUGUCCACUGUCUAAACCCGAAAUUCAUCUGCCAAAUUAGGAAUUCAAGCUCUUUUUCUUUAUUUAGCCGUCAGUCUCCUGUGAGGGCCAUUAGCCACCACACAUGUAGGUGUGGGAAGUGCACGGCCUGUUUCAUCACACUGUGACCACGUCCUGAGACACCCUGAGGUUGCAUAAAAGGAGAUGCCAGAAGAGGAGGCUCAGGAGGAAUGACUGGAGAGAGAGGAGGAAAGUAGUGCUGUCCCCUAGGCCAAGAGAGCAGCGUGUUUUCAGGGAGAGACAGUCACCAAUCAGUAAAUCCUGCUUAGUCUCAACUGUAUUAUCUUUUACACCUACCAUUCCCAGUGGCAAGAGAGAGCGGAAGGAGGGAAUACAGGGCAGGGACCACAAAAUACCAGUUCGUGUCCUCUUUUAUCACAUCGCUCUCACUCCAUCUGUCAAAUGGGGGCAGUAGUCAUUCCUAAGCCAUUAGCUUGUCCUGCGGAUGAAUUUGUAACAAUCAGGUGGAAUUCCCGCACAGAGCCCUACACCUCUCAGUGCUGAAUAAACAUUAGUUACUAACAGUAUUGUUGGUUGUGUGAUCCAAGUGCAAUUAGCAAAAUAUAACUAGAUAUCAUUGUGUAAGAUGUUUGUCUCUAGCAAACAAGAGAACCUCCUGAUGGUGUGAACACACAAGCAGUACCCAUUCCUGGGUCUUUGAGGCUUCACGACUAGUCGGACUCUGACAGCUCUCACCUGGGAUGCAGAACCACUCAAGGUGGAACCGAGAGAGAUCCCCAGCUCAAGGGUAUAGUGACCAGGUUAUAUUGCAGGCAAGGCUACUACUUGCAGAUGCACCCGGAUGGAGCUCUCGAUGGGACCAAGGACGACAGCACCAAUUCUACACUGUUCAACCUCAUACCUGUGGGCCUGCGCGUCGUCGCCAUCCAGGGCGUGAAGACAGGGUUGUACAUAGCCAUGAAUGGAGAAGGUUACCUCUACCCGUCAGAACUUUUUACCCCUGAAUGCAAGUUCAAAGAAUCUGUUUUUGAAAACUAUUAUGUAAUCUACUCAUCUAUGCUGUACAGACAACAGGAAUCUGGUAGAGCCUGGUUUUUGGGAUUGAAUAAGGAAGGGCAAGUUAUGAAAGGAAACAGAGUAAAGAAAACCAAACCAGCAGCCCAUUUUCUACCCAAGCCAUUGGAAGUCGCCAUGUACCGAGAACCAUCUUUGCAUGACGUGGGAGAAACGGUCCCGAAGGCCGGGGUGACGCCGAGUAAAAGCACAAGCGCGUCCGCAAUCAUGAAUGGAGGCAAACCAGUCAACAAAAGUAAGACGACAUAGCCAGAUCCCCACAGGUGUUGUGACUCACUCGCCCCGAGCACCGUUGAGCGAUUUAUCCUGGCCAGACAUUCCUGCUCCCGGGGCCGAGGAGCAGCGGGAGGGAAGCGAAAGCUUGCUCUGCGCUGCCUCGAACUUCCUGGUCGCCAGCAGAUAAAUCUCAUCUCAACGGGUUGCGCCCCCACAGCCAGAAGACACCUGGAUAACCAGCUCAACUCAGACCAUGGAAUGCCCUACCAGAUAUGGAAUGCCUUUUUACUCUCUUUUCUGUGACUGUGGCACUUCAUGUGAAUGACACACUUUCACAAAUACACUCGAUACCUUGCCUGCUGACAGCUACCCAUUAUCCUUUUCGAGUCCUGUUUCAGCGAAAUCCAUGUGUUUAAGUUCAAUUUUUGUAGCACACAGAUACUCUGGAGUAAUUUCUAGUUAGAUGCUGUAAACCUGUGCUGUUCUGGAUUUCUCUUCUCCCCGUUUUUACAGGGCUGCUGGCUCCACUGUCCGUGACCUUUGGCAGGGAUUGUGUUCCUCUGAAUAGUGACGGUUGCCGUGGGCUUAGUUCGGAGAGCGAUCAGGGCAUCAGAAGGCCUUCUAAACCUAUAAUGACAAAUUGCAUCUAUAAAGAUUAGGAGCGUUGACUCCGGCUCACACGAUCAAUUAAACACACAUAUACGCCCUACCCACAAGCAGACACUGUGCUGUGGUGGCCGGCGCGGCCGGGGUGAGAAGCGGGGUCAAACGCAGUCACGGGAUGCCCUCUCUGAUCUGGGUUUGACAUCCCCCUCUAGUUUCUUUGUGUGUGUGUGUGUGUGUGUUUUCUACAUAUCACAAGCUUACUGGUAAUGGUAACAUUUGCCUUGCCCAGCGAGCAAGACCCACUGGUUUUUGGGAAAGUGGGUCCAAAGAACUCUGUAGGCCUUGUAGGCCUGAUUAAGGUUCAUUUUUCAUCUACGAAUCCUCAUUAUUUGGAAAAAAAAAAAAAAAAAAGAAAAAUCCGUAAUUACAACCUACAAGAAUUGCGCUACCUAAAUCCACUUCAGAUCGAAUCCCUCCCGUUUCUAACGAGCCGCGCUGAAUGCCGCCCCGGUUGUGGCUGCGUUCCUCCCUCACUCAGCAGAGCAUGGGCAAGGCCGCUGUUGUGUUCUUUUCUGCAGCAGCAAUGCAAACGGUAGUUAUAAAUUAGACUUUAAUAUUUUUGGUGUUUAACGACAAGUUUUUAAACUCAACAUAUUAGAAAACAAAAGGUAUUUUUUUUAGCCCAGCAUGCUGAGUCAGGUACUUGUCUCCACCGGUCCAUGCCUCUAACUCGGCUUCCCGGGCCACGCGGUCCCAAGGCGGAGUCAGAGGUGCCUUGCCAUGAUCUCAGAAUGCAGUCUGUUGGAUUAUUCUCGAUAAAAAUAAAGGCAAACCAACACGUUCACACAGCAGGUUUUCAGUCCAUCCAAGGUUUUUGGUUUUGUUUUUGUUUUUUGCCGUUGUUUUCUUUUGCUUUCUUACCUUCCUUUUGAAUUGAAUAGCUGAACGCUGAGCUUAGGGAGGACCCCUAACUACUGGAAGGCCAGUCUGGCAAUAGUUGACCACACAGUGAAGAAACCCUGCAAAAUGCGCAGUAUUGGAUACCAAGAGUUUCAAAAUGUUUCAUACUAAACUGUUUGGAAAUAUAUUUGUUAACUCUGUGUAUACUUAAUAAAUUUCAAUGUUUUCUCCUCAGAAGAGUUAACUGAGACCAAACUGAACCUCAAUUUAUAGAAAACUAUGCGGGAUCCAUGUACUGGCCUCUUGUCAUUAUUUCCACGUGGAAGGGUGACCCAGUCGCCGUUUACUCCCAUCUGCACUGUAUCUACUGGGAAAUUAUUUUGCCUCCGCUUUUCUGAGUCUCCAUGACAGCCCUUGCCCAGCAUUUUAAAAUUUUGGCCUGCUUAGCUGUUUAAAGAUUUAGUAUCAAUUUAACUGUUCAUGCUUAUUUCAUUUUCAUAUAGAAUUCUACUUUAAUAAAUAAAAAGUUAGCGUAACAUUUGAGUAGCUUUGUUGUCAAUACUACUAACGUACAAAUACAACAAAGGGUUCUUUUGAUCACUCCUAGUUUCCCCUUACACCUUUUAAACCCGAUUGUUCUUAACAGGAUAAGAUAAAAUACAUUAGAGGCAUUGCAUUAAGCAAUUGUUUAGGGAAGACUUAUAUUCCAUAACAUGUGGCAAACUAUGAGUAACUUAACUUGAAAUUCCAAUUAAAUGGACUUACAGACACUGCUUACCCCAGCGUGCAUGUGCACGCGCACACACACACACACACACAACCAAACAACCCCACCUAUAUGUUUUUGGUAAUAGCCCAACUUGCUGGUUUCUUUUUCCCCUGCAAGCUUGUUUAUUGGUUGAAAUUAUGACAUGAUUUAUUUUUGUAAGUGACUGAGAUUUCAGUAGAUGUGUACCUCUGUUUUGUUUUUUACAUGAGUUGUCUCUAAGGGCAUUUAUCCCUAUGAAUGGAUGUCAAAAUGCUUUCUUCUAAUAUAUGUUUAGACGUACUGAAGAGGGUCCCUUGUUAUUUGUAAUUUAGUUAGAUCAUUUCCUCUGUGUGUGGUCUGACUUGUUGCAGGACGAGGACAGCACUGAUGAACUGCAUGUUGUAAGACCUGUUUAUCAAGACCCGUUGGUGUGUAUCACUCAAUCUACAUACAAAGAGUGUGUCUGCGUUGUACAGUUUCUGUGUUUGAUAUCGUUUGUUGUAUUCAUAAAUACAACAUACUGAAUAAAAUAUUUAUAUGAAGGCAUAUUCAGAAACAUUGAACAACUUUAUGUAACAAAAUGGCAUUGCAUCACCCACAAAUACAGAGAAGUGUCAUGUAAAUAAGUUGGUAAACUCAAUUUCCCCCUUUACCAUGCCAAAGAAAAUUUUAGCUCUUUGAUGAUACCUCUCUUGCUAAUUUUUCCGGGAUGAGACUCCCCCACUGUCCCCCUCAAAAAUUGCUGUUGUUAAGUAAGUGCAAUCUGUCUCUGUUGAUGUUCUGUACAGUCAACCUGAUGGAAUUCAUUUGUAUUUACAGACCACCAUGUGUUUUGUACCUCCAUGUACAUAUGUCAGUUGUACUGAGUCUCUCUAAUAUCACAUUCCUUUUGCAUGCGUAUAUGCUGUGGGAGGGUUAUUUCUAGUGAUUUGUUACGGUAGCUAAUUUCUUCACCCGUUCCUCAGCCAUGCUCCGGAGUGCUCAUUGUUUUGAUAUUUCUAGUGACACCAUUUUAAUUUCUUAUAAGUUUGCUUUCUAAAAUAUUUUGCUACAACUUUACUUGUAAAAAUUAUAGAAAAGAUGCAAGUGGUCCAGCCUAUAUAAAGAGUAAACUGGAACUGACAUCAUUUCACUGCAGAUCUUGGAGAAUUUAGAGAUUCUUGCUCUAAAUAUUCUCUUGAUCUGAGUGUUCUGGGGUAGGGGUUGGCUUCAGGAACUCCAAGAUGGGCCCACAAGGCUCCUGGGGCCGUCCUAAUUGUUUGCCUCUUGGAAAAUAAGAAGAGUUUCUUUGUCACACCUGGCCAGAUGCUUAAUGAAUGCCUAAGGCACUAAAGCAAGUUGGAUGUUUUCAGGAUGACCAGUAUCAGAUUCUGUUCUUUUUUUAAAAAAAACAAAAUGACAAAAAAAUUCAUGGUUUUUAAGUUAGACAUGGAUCACUUCAUUUAAAGUUUUCUCUCUAAUAUUAGAGGGAAAAUUAAAAUUUGAGAGACCAGAUUGACUAAGAAAGCCAUUUUAGAAAGAAUUGACAAUAAUUAAAGAUGAUUUUCAAUGUUGUUUCAGAAGAAAACUAUAUCCAGGGAAAGCUGUUGAACUAAAUGUAGGCGCAUCAAACUCCAGGUGUGAACUGGGCUACUUUGGAGUAAAAUACAUUCCAUAGCGAAGCUUCCUUAGCUUACACAAUGGCACGUAGGGCCUGUUGACUCUCUUGAAUACUGAAUAGGGUUUCAAAGGUUUGAUCGUGAGUCUACAAAUAAAGGUUGAGCUAUGUUUUGCUUUUGUUUUUUCUUGUUUUGUUUUGUUUUGUUUUGUUUUUUUAUGUGAUCCAGUUCCCCAUGUUGUGUUUGCAUCUGCGGGGCGGAGGCCAUUCCUUAAGAUGUGCUGUAGGACUCAAGAUUAGCUCAGAGUCCAGGGAGACAAUGGAAUACAGUGAUUCUCCUCUUAGGUCUCGCGAUGUUAGUAGCAUCUUACUGAAAAGUCCUUAUGGAAGAAUUCCUCAGUGAUGGUUUGCCAAGCAAGCAGGGUUAAUGUCAACCCCAUCUGCAAACUUGUUGCAUCCUUCCCAGUUGACACCAAUCCCACUGUAACUUCCAACCAACUUGAACAAGCCAUACUAUCCCUGUGCCUAUUACAUA